AUGACUGAUAGUCAUCAACCGACCCUCAACCAAGUGCUGUCCGAAACAAACUCACAGACUUCUCUGGAUCAGAACAAAGACCAACAGAUUGCAGCCAUUCUAGUUGUAGGUUUUCAUCACGCUUUCGGCCCCAUUGUAGAGUUUUGCGUACCUCCUUUACCUUAUCACGAACAAGGAAAGACACAACAAACGUUAGAAAAGCUGGAGCUGCCAGAGGAAUGGAGUUUCUUGCCGUUUCUAGCGCUUCCAGAUGGUGCGCAUCAAAAAGACGAGGAUUUUGCUUAUUUCCAUUUGCCACCUGUGCCAGGAUGGUCAGUGGCAGAAACAACACUGUUUGGCAUUUCCUGUAAUAGACAAAUUGCAUCCAAAGAUUUGCUUGUCAAGACACCAGACAUCACUCGAUCCAUUGUGCAAAAAGCAGUUGUCGUACUAGCUAGACAACCAAUAUUUGGACCUUUACGACAGAAAUUGGCAGUGAUCACUGCUGCGUGGUUUAAUCAGCGAGAUUUCACAAAACUCGACAUCCUACAUAAUCUAUACAACAACCUGAAUGGCACCUUCCAUGGUCCCAUUGAUGACUCUACUUUGUAUAUGGGCACCUCGCUCAGGGAGCUAGUGUACAAGUUCAAAUCAAAGACGCUCAUGUUGCUGAAGCUAUUACUGCUUGAAAAACGAGUGUUAUUUUACGGCUAUCCAGUAGAAACCCUAUGCACAUUUCAAUACUCGCUGAUUUCGCUGAUACCAGGAUUGUUGCGCAAUUUACAAGAUUCAGGCGCACCAGAAUUAGACACAUCCGACGAAAACAUGGCAACCACAGAGGCAAAAGUGCUAGCGGAUGGAAGCAAAGAGAGCCUAUUAAAGUACAUGGGCCUGCCAUUGCACAUUUUUGAAAAGGGGUCCUUCUUUCAGCCUUAUCUGCCACUGCAACAAAUUGAAAUGCUCUCAUCUGAACAAACAAAAUCAUACGUCGUAGGCACAACAAAUCAAAUAUUCUUUCACCAUAAAAGCGAUGCCAAAAUCGAUGUGCUCGUCAACUUGGACAAUGGUGCUUUGGAAUUCUAUAAUCAGCAGUUGGUGAGUCUUGUCAGUCCCACCAUUGCAGAUCGCCGAUGGAUGGAGAACAUUGUAAAGGUGGUGAAUGACACUUGGAAUCAAAACGAUCCGAGUAGACCGUUACAAAACACAUACCUUGGAUCUGACGAUUAUCUAAGAGCUAGAUUUGAAGAGUAUAUACUCUCCUUACUCUCCAGUGUAAAGCACGCUCAGGCACAUAACUUACUGGACAAUGUGUACGAAACGAUGGAGAAUGGAGCCAUCAGCAGCGAAGAAGUGAUGACGGACGAGAGCGAGGAACACAAUUACUUGUCAGAUUAUGGCAUGAAAUGGUUGAUGGCUUGGGGAGAGACCAACAAUUUUAAAAAGUGGAACCAAUACACAGAUCAUGAAAUAUACGAAAUUGUGGAACCAGGGCAUCCAGGCAUGGGCAACAUUUCCAUGGCAGAUAUUCAAAACACACUCUCAAAUCGACUUCGAGAUUUACAAUUGAAGCAAAAUUUGGCACCCAUUCGAAAUACGUUAUCAAGAGCCAUGUCAGGUGGAGCCAAAGCCAUGUUCAGUGGUAGAUCCAAACUGAAUGCCAUAUGGACCGAGUUUGAGCGUGGCGCAAAUGAAGAAAGCCAUGCCAAGGGUUCACCCAAGUCAGCGUCUCGAGGUAGUUUCCAAUCAGAUGAAAAAUCGGCUUCAGCGUCGCCACAGCAGCCACAGACAGACACCUCUUCAUCACUAGAAUCAACUUCUCAACAAGCAGGCAGAUUGUUUUCCAACUUUUCUUCCUUUCUCAGCAGAAAGACAAAAGAAUUCUCUCAGGCCAUGGAGGAAUCUGUGUCAGAGAAUAGCUCGCCUUCAAGCAGCAGACGGACAUCUACCGGUAACAAACGACAGUCUACCACCGGGAAUCCUGCGCCUCAUACAGAUGCCCUCGUAUCCGAUGAUGAUGAUGCAGGAUCCGCUGCAUUUGUGGAUGUUGGACAAAUGUAUCCAUUUACAACAGCAAAGAGCCAUGUCAAGAAGAAUGACGAAGAUAAAAUACUCGACGUGUAA